UCAGUUGCUCAGACCAUCACACCUCUGCCCUGCUCUCUUUGUCUCUCUGUCUCUCUCUCGUCCUUCCAUUCAUCCUCUCUCUCUCUGAACGAUGUCUUGUCUCAGUUCCUUGUCUGUUUAUCUGAGUGGAGCCUCACUGAUCCUCCUGCUGACUGCUGCGUGUCAGGCUCAGUACUACGACUACACGCCCGCUCCAGACUACGACUUGGACUACAACGCCACCUUCGAGUACAGCCUCUUCAGUAACACCAGCAGCGAGGAUCUGGACAAGCUCAGUGAAAUGUUUGAAGGCCCCGGGGACGAAGAAGAGGAGGAGGACACGGGAGGAGAGCAGCAGGAGCCAGAAGUGACUGUUACCAUGCCAACUAUCAGAGAAACCACAGAACAGGGAGAGGUCAGGGAGCAAGAUGUGACUGUUACUGUGGCAACCACCAGAGCAAUCACAGAGCGGGGGAGGUUUGAUGUACGCGAUGCUGCUUCGCUUCCAGUUUCUGCGGAAAUCUGGACGCUCAUCUGGACUCUGAUGAUCCUGAUCGCCCUGAACACACAGCAGCUACAACACACACUAUGAGGCCGCCACUCAUUCACUGAUCCUGGGUCAGCAGAAACACUCCUGGGUCACCUGACCUGAAGUAAGGGGGACCAGUCUCAGCUUUGACCUUUGACCUCUACAUAGUCCAACGCCUUCUUAAAAAGGGGGAAGCCUUGUUCUGGAGAGGACGGGGCUGCAGGUGGACCUCAGCCAAUCACAAAGCUUCUUCAGCACCACAGAGUCGACCUUCAUGUCUCACCUUUUCACUGUUUUUACUUUAAUAUCUCAGCAAACAAACAAAGAUCCCGUCUGACAGAGAUUAUGUUUAUUCACAGAGUAUGGAAGCUUAUGAAGGACAAAACUGAUGAGUCAAGACUUUUAUAAUGAAUGGGUGUUGUUUUUAAUUGAAUCAUGUAAAAUAUUUCUUCUGUCCUUCUGGAAAGUUCUCUCACAGUUUUGUCACUUCCUGCUCCACUUCCAGAAAUCCAAAGACAGGAACUAAGGUCUUAUUCUGACACAAGCUGCUUUCACACAGAAACUCCUGAACUCUUCCUGAUCUGCGUGUUCACAUUUUCACCUCACAGUGUGGGACUUUGUCCAUCUACAGGAUGAAGAUGUCGCCUCUCCCUCUCAGCUGUUCGCUCUGACUUUUCCUGAAUGUUUCCUGCUGAGGUCUGACAGAAAACCUCCAGGAAAAGUCAGGUUUGAAAUGCGUUCACACGUGCAGCUCAUUCUGAGGUUUUCAGGAGUUUUGUGCGUGUGUGAAUUUCAUUUUCACCAAAUAUUUCAGAGAAACAAAACACCUGCUCUCCUUCCUCGUCUCUGACUUUUAUUUCCAUUUUAUCUGUAAAACCGUUUUUUAAACUCCCAGCACUUUGAGAACAAUCAGCACUUAGAGACGUUUGUUUUAGUUGAUUUUCUGUUUUAAAUUGUUCUGAUGAGAUCGUUUUUAUCACAUCAAAUUUGAUGUCAAAUGUAUGUUUUUUUUUUUUUACGGACCAUAUAUUUAGAUUGAAGACGUGUCCCAUCC